CACAAAAAAAUGGGGGUUAUCUCUCUCACAUUUUCAGCAGCUUCCGAUUCCGAUUGCAGAUGGCACCUCCAGAGAUUGAUGGCCGAGGGAAAAAAAAGUUGGAAGAGGAGAGCAGUAAUGGAGUAGGUUCAAAUGUCGCUGAUUCCGAUUCUGAUUCUGAUCACGAUUAUGGUAUGUAUGUCGAUGGUCGCAGUAUGUCCCGGAAACUUCGGGAGGAAUAUAAUCGGCAGGUGGAUGAGAGCGAGGGUUUUGAUAUCAAUUUGGAUUUGCCAUUGGGGGUUCGUAUGGUGGCUCCAAUUAAUCCACAACGGGGUUUCGAGAACAUCCCAAGAUAUACCGAGCUGUCUCGUAUGGCCAUUGGCGAUUUCAAUUCACAGAAUAAUAAAAGGUACGAAUUUGUCAAAAAUUUGACUGUAACACAUCACUUGCUGCUGGGUUUUGGUGUCGUAUCACCUUUCAAGCCAGAGAUGCUGAUGAUGCUACAACUGAUGCUCUAAAGACCUUUCAAACAUCGGCGUGGUGGGGAAUUAAUGGAGACAGACGUAUUAGAUUUUGCAGGCUUAAGAAACCAUCUGUCGGUAAAGGUAGAAACAUGACAAGUCUCCCAUGAACAACAAUUUUUAGGAACACACUUUCCUCAUAAAUUGAAGGGGAACCUUGGAGCAAUGGUAAAGUUAUCUCCGUGUGACCUGUACAUCACGGUCCGAGCCGUGGAAGCAGCCACUAAUGCUUGCAUUAGGGUAGGCUAUCUACAUCACACCCCAUGGGAUACGACUCUUCCCUGGAUCCUACGUGAAUGCGGGAUACUUUGUGUAUCGGUCUGCCUUUUUUUUAAAAAACUCUUUCCUCAUAACAUUUCCCUAUCUUUGCUAUAAAUAUAUGUAUUUCUAUUUGUCUUUUGCCUGAAAUUUCUCAUUUUAUUAUGAGUUUGAGGUUGUCCUUGCCAUAAACUAUUUUUUUCAUUUUCAUCAUGAUUAUACCCUCCUGGAACCAAAUGAAAGAUCUCUACUUUCUUUUUUUUCCUUCUUGAUGAUGCCAAGGUUCUUUACUACUGAAGAAAAGAAACAAUUCAUUUAAGAGUAGAACUAAGAGAAUGUGUAGCUUUUCUCUUCCCAUCUCAUUUUCUCUUUUCUUCCAAAAAUGAUUUUGAACUCAUUCAGUUUUCGUGGUUUUCUAACCUAGGCAAUCUGAUGUUAUAAAUUUCUCAAAGAGUGCAUGAUUCAUUGCAAGAGCUUCUUGCAUUAGUGAAACGAUUCCAGCUUAACUGGAAACAAGGACCAAACGAAGGGACUAGGUCACCCCAAUUGCCUAUCUGUGGUGGCUUUCAGCAGGUCACCACGAAAAUUUUCCAUGCCUAAUAUUUCAAAAUAUUUCAUUUUCAGUGGACAAAAAUUUAGCCUAUAGUCUCGAUUACAUGUGGCGACUUUUCAGGUCUAAAAUCUUUACUUGUCAUGCAACUAUAUAUCGCCACGAAAAACCCUUGAUUUUGUGGCGACUUCGUGGGUCAUAACUAAAAGUCUGUUUUCUCGUAGUAUAUUUAGGUUCCUUUGGAAAAUUCGUUAGUAGGACAUAAGUCUUGUUUCACAUCGAAAUAAUGUUAUACCUAAAACAUUCAACUCCCUUGUCGUUGCAACUUGUCUAUCUCGAUCGCAAGGUCUGCAUUUUCUGGUCAAGCCUUCAAGGUGUUUGCUUUGUGCAGGUUGGAACUUCCAAAUUGUUUUAUAUACAGACAAAUGAUGAGAAAAUUGAUGCUUUAAAUUUAUUUUGUGUCUGUCCUGCUCUGCUUUUCUUAGUUGUAAUUAUCAUUUUAUUUUUGGCAGGUGGUGAGCGACCUCCUGAUUCCAAUGUUGAUGUGAAAGCUACGCAGUGAACUAGUCAUCUCUUUAAACUCUUGUUAUUGUUCUACUAUCUUAAUUAUUAUUGAGAAUGUAGUGUCAUUUAGUUGUGUUAUUUAGUUGUGUUAUUUAGUUGUGUUAUUACUAAGACAUGAAAAAAAAACUGUUGUGAUU